GAAAAAGUUUCAGUAAAUGACCACCAUUUUAACCCAUUUAUUUUAUCUCAUAUCAUCUCACCUUGUCUCAUUUCAUUUAAUUUCAUGCCAUUUUUCAUAAUAAUCAACUUCAUUUCACUUCAUAUUAUCAUUUUAAAAUAAGACUUGACCUAAAGGUCUUCGUUACCAUGUCAUAAAAUCCCUUUCAAAAAAUAUGAGUUUGUUGUGUUGAAACUUGAAAGUUGAAUGUUUUCAAACAAGUUAGAUGUAAUUAGAAAGUAGGCAAUGAUUCCAUAUACCGUUACAUUCCAUUUUUAUCGAAAUCGCUUGGUCUUUUGUUAGUGCGUGAAUUUAUAUUAAGCCGUAGAAAUGCCCAACAUUUUAGACUUCGUGUUCCUCAAUCUCGCUAUCUCGGUGACUUUUACCGGUGUUUUAAUAAAAAAAUUCGAAGAUUACGUUCCUGCUUUCAUAAAAAAAAGUUUCUCCUAUGGUUCCUUCGCUUAUCAAGGAUCGGAAGCGAACUUUUUAAAAAUAAUUGAAAUACCUAAAGCUUACUACAGACAUUUUUAUUUAUUUUCGUCAAUUUUCAGUGUUUUAUCAUUAUUUUAUAUGAUAUUAGUUUAUUUUCUCGGCUUUAGUGUAAACGAAUAUCUCUUUACCGUAUUGAAUUACAUUCUACUCGAAGAUCAAACCCCUGUAUCAGUCACAGCAGCUCUUUUGGCACUCUCUCUUCUCACCUUGCAAUGCCUACGGAGACUAUAUGAGACGUAUUAUUUACAAGUAUUUGCAAAGUCCAGCAAAAUGAACAUUAGCCACUAUUUCGCUGGAAUCAUACACUAUUUUGCAUGUAUAGUUGUGUGUGUUGGACAAGCACCACUGUUUUGUGGAAGUCAAAAUAGAGAAAAAGUGACAUGGAUUGAUACAAAAACUACAAUUUUAUUUGUACCCUGUACCUUAAUCUUCCUUUGGUGUUGGUAUGAACAGUAUCAAACAAACAUCAUAUUCGCAUAUCUCAGAAAAGACAAAAAAUCAAAUAAAAUUGUUACAGAAGAUCACCGUGUACCUAAUGGGAGAAUGUUUAAAUAUGUUUCGAGUCCCCAUAGAAUGUGUGAGAUAAUAAUGUACACUGUUUUAGUAUUUUUAAUAACAACAAAGACUUUUGUGUGCAUUUAUUUAUGGGUUUUGUCUAAUCAGAUACAAACAGGCAUCCAUGCCCAUGAAUGGUAUAAGAAAACAUUCAAGAACUAUCCAGCGAAGAGAACUGCAGUCUUCCCUUAUGUACUGUAAAGUAAACACUAAGUUACAAACAUGCAUUUUUUCAGCAAAUUUGUGAAACAGUAUUUGUUUCAGAGGCUUUAGCUACAAAUCAAUAAUUUAAAAGUUUUCUAAAUGUUGUUAAAUCUAUUUUCCCAGCUGUUUGUAUUUUAACAUGGUGUAUAUACAUUUGUGAUAUGAUGGUGGAUGUCUAUACAUUUCAAAAUUAAGUACAUAGAUACUUAAUCUGGCCUUGAUAUAAAUAUAAGUAAACCUAGUUUUUUAUUUUUUUAUUGCUUAGUUGUGUGGACGAGCUCACAGCCCACCUGGUGUUAAGUGGUUACUGGAGCCCAUAGACAUCUACAACGUAAAUGCGCCACACACCUUGAGAUAUAGCUCUAAGGUCUCAGUAUAGUCACAACGGCUGCCCCACCCUUCAAACCGAAACGCAUUACUGCUUUACGGCAGAAAUAGGCAGGGCGGUGGUACCUACCCGUGUGGACUCACAAGAGGUCCUACCACCAGUAAUUACGCAAAUUAUAAUUUUGCGGGUUUGAUUUUUAUUGCACGAUGCUAUUCCUUCACCGUGGAAGUCAAUCGUGAACAUUUGUUGAGUACGUAUUUCAUUAGAAAAAUUGGUACCCGCCAGCGAGAACACCAAUGCAUCGCUCGAUACGAAUGCACCGGACGCCUUAUCCUUUAGGCCACGACGACUUCUCCUUUAGGCCACGACGACUUCAUUUUCUUAUGUGUCUGAUAAACUUUGGUGUAAUCAAUAAGUUUUUUUUAAUUACUUUGUAUUUAUUUUCCAUAACACGGAAGAGUUAAGGACCAUUUUCUCACUUUUUUUUUCCUCUUACCUAAUCGUUGGUAGCCUAAGGGGCUAUACCAACUUCGCGCGGACUCGCUCCGAUAUUUGGGUUUGUGUUUAAUAGAAAUCCGUGAAUGCCACUACCCAUCAUAAAAUAAGAGCUUUGCGUCUUAAUUUGCUCUCAGACUAUGCUAUACUAUAAUCCCAUAAAGUAUAGAAGCCUAUACUUAGCCAAUAAUAUAUAGUACAGUACUGUGUGAACGUGUCCUUAUCAAUGUAUGGUGUGCGAUAUUGUUGUGCUAUGAGCUAUAUACUAUAUGCUAUUAUAUUAUAGCGUAGUCUGAAAGCGGCUUUAAAUAUAGUGUUACAUAUUUACUAAAGUAAACAGGCAGAUGACACACGGUUACUGCAGCACCUAUGUUAAUGUCACGCCGCCGUAGAUUGCCUAGCUCACCUUGAAAUUUCGAAUUCAUAUUAAUCCUCUGUACCAGAAAUCAUGAUUGCAUUGUGAUAGUAGUAAAGCAUCAAAAAAAACAACAAA